AGGUGGCAGCGAUGACGCGGUAGGCGUGGGAGCGGGUCUGCCACGCUCGGGACUUCAGCGGGUUACAGAUGGCGCUGUACCUCUCGAUGGCAAUGGCCACCAGACUGAAGGUGGAGAUGCUGACAGAGACGCCUGCAGGGCUCAGGAUGAACCUAUAACUCCAAACCCUAGUAAGGAAAACAACCAUGGCAGACCACUGACCGCUGCACUCGGCUGGUCAACUGGGACGACUGCAUCCAGCUCUGGCUCAGCAGACGGAGAGCGGAGUAUGAUUACUACAAGUACCAUCCAAUGGAUGAGAUCAGCAGCUGGAUGGCUCAGAUGGAGAAGGAUCACCCUGAUGUUGUGACCAUAGUGGACUACGGGAAGACCUAUGAGAACAGGACUAUUAGCUUGCUGAGGAUUGGUUUGAAGACUGAAGCCAAAAAGAAGGCCAUUUGGAUGGACUGUGGUAUUCAUGCUAGAGAAUGGAUUGCUCCGGCCUUCUGCCAGUACUUUGUCAGACAGAUUCUCCAAACAUACAAAACAGAUGCUAAAAUGGAAACGAUGUUGACGAAUAUGGACUUCUACGUCACGCCGGUGCUCAACAUAGACGGCUACAUCUACUCCUGGAAGGACAGCUCAACCCGACUGUGGAGAAAGAACAGGUCACCAGGACCUUCAGGCGACUGCUACGGCACAGAUCUCAACCGCAACUUUGAUGCCAAUUGGGGGACUGUCGGAGUGUCGUUUAACUGCAGCUCCAACAUCUACUGUGGGAGAGGGCCCAUCUCAGAGCCCGAGGCCCAGGCCAUCACUUACUUUGUUGGAAGCCGAAAGGAAGACUUCCUGUGUUUCCUCACCAUCCACUCCUACGGCCAGCUGCUCCUGGUUCCCUACGGACACCCCGACUUCACUGCCUCCAACUACGAUGAGCUGAUGAAGGUGGGACGGGGUGCAGCUGAAGCCAUUUUGAAGGUCCACGGGAAAAACUACACCGUAGGAACCUCCCCAGACGUAUUAUAUGCCAACUCUGGUUCAUCCAGAGACUGGGCCCGAAUGCAGGAAAUCCCCCUAACCUUCACCUUCGAGCUGAGAGAUAACGGCACGUAUGGCUUCAAGCUCCCUGAGAACCAAAUCCAGCCGACCUGCGAGGAGGCCUACAGCGGGGCUCUGCAUAUUAUCACCUACGCCCACGACAAGACCUUUAACGGUGCGGCAGCCACCGCUGCAGCGACCCUUUGGACCAUGCUGUUAGCGGUGGGGGUCUCCGGGGCCAACCUGAUGUGAGGAGAAAAGCUGCUCCCACACUGUAAAUGGCACGAGUAUUUAUGUUUGAGCAAAACCUGAAAAUAUAUUACUUUUUCUGAAGACUUCUUCUUUGAUUUAAAGGUUAUUUGGAUGAAAUUAUUGGUAACAUGAAUAACUUAUAAAUGCGCAAUUAAUCUAAACUACUACCGCAAAACAACAAUUUUUACAAAUGAAACAUUUACCAGUGUCACAUAUGUUUGUAUUCAGCCCCCUUUUAUGUGUUACCCCUACAUAAAAUCCCAGCCAUGAAACA